AUUUCAGACGCUGUGUAAAUAAAUUACAUAAUGGAAGUUCUAAGCGGAUAAAAACAGUGAGGAAGGAUAGGAGGGAAUUGUUAGAAUAGGAGGAGCGUACCAGGCACCCCUGCGGAACUUCACGACCAUCGAAUGCAGAUAUGGUGCGAUAUAUGUUGUGGGAAAUCAUAGAAUAUAGUUGUACGACUGCAUUCGUAGAGACUAGGAUACAGUUGUAUGUUGCUGCAAUUCUCACUGGAAUAUUGAAAAGAGUACGAAAUACAGACGAGCUCCGAAAAAACGAAUGAUCCAAAGGAUAAACAUGUCACUGUCGGUGACAGGAGGUAUUUGAAAAUGAUAUUAAUCAUUAAUAAAAGCAUUAUCAGGGAACGAAUAGUAUUAGAAUAAAUAAGAAUUGUAGCAUGUCAUGAAAACAUAUGGGUAAUAACUAUUCAAAAUGGCGCGCCACAUUCUUUAUCGAAGAGUGUUGGGACUCUACUAUGACGAGUUAUCUGUCGGUAUAAAAGUCGAUCUUACCAAUAGAACGACUCUAUGUUAACCUAUACAUCGUAAACGUAACAAAGUGGAAUUACAUUAUUUUUUGCAUUCUGACACGAGUCAGAAGAUAUAAAACGCAUGUGUAGCAAGUAUGGCUCACUUAAUCAGGAACGUUUCUCUUCUACUAUUCACAGAAGAGUGCAUAGAAGAAUAUUUCGAUGACAUGAACUUUUUUCACGUUGGAUGCUUCAAAUUGGCGCUGAGCAAAUUUUUAGGUCUCGGCAUCAUCGGUGGAUCUCUUCUCGUCAAGAUACCACAGAUUGUAAAAAUUCUUAGAAGUAAAAGUGUAGAAGGCAUCAAUGUCUUCAGCGUGUUACUGGACUUAUUUGCCAUGACAGCCAUGGUAUCCUACAGUUUUAUAAGUGGUUUUCCAUUCAGUUCAUGGGGUGAUGGAGUUUUUUUAGGUAUGCAAACUUUAGCAAUUGCAAUAUUAGUCAUGCAUUUCAGUGGUAAUACAGUUCAAGCAACUGCAUUCCUUGCUGCUUAUCUAGCAGUGUUCUUUGCUGCUACUAGUGGCUUGACCCCGGUAAAUGUUCUGUGGGGUUGUCAAGCAAUGAAUAUACCCAUUGUACUUGCCAGUAAGUUAAUGCAAGCCUACACAAAUUACUCCAAUGGAAAUACUGGUCAGCUAUCAGCAAUAACAGCUUUCAUGCUCCUCUUUGGAUCUCUUACACGAAUAUUUACCUCUAUCCAAGAAACAGGAGAUAUUACAAUGAUAAUAAUGUAUAUGUGCUCCUCUAUAUCAAAUGCUAUAAUAGUUGCACAAAUUUUGUAUUAUUGGAAUGUAGAUGCGAAAAACAAAGAUGGAACAAAAAAAAAUCAAUAAGUAAAUUAAUAAAAUUUUUAAUAUUUUGGGAAAUAAUCAAAUAAUGAAGUCAAAAAUCCAUGCAACGAAAUGAAAUGUGUAAGUGGGUGUAAAUAAAUGAAAUCAGCAUUCUGAUAUCAAUAGUCUGAGAAGGAUACACCUACUUUAAUGAAGAAGGUAUAAAUGUAUCUAAGUUAAUAAACUAACAUUUUAAAUACCCUAAACUUAUAUUUUAAUCGCCACGUAUGUAUUACAUUCAUGAAUCUUUUCUAGUUGACAAGUUAUAAUUUUAAAUUUGUUAUAAAUCAUACUAUCUUAAAAGUAGAAGAUAUUUUAGAAAUAAACAUACUAUAAAAAUCGUA